AUGCAUUUGUCCCUUCUCGCCCUCGUACUCCCUCUCGCUGCGGCCCUCCCUUACCAAAAGCCUCCGCCAUGCACACCGGAAACCGCCAUCCAACGCAAAGAAUGGAGCUCCUCAUCCCCUGAAGAACGGCGCAGCUACAUCGACGCCGUCAAAUGUCUCAUGGACAAGCCCUCCAUAUACCCCCCCGGCACUAUGCCCGCCAGCACAUCCUACUUCACCGACUUCGCCGCUUCCCACGCCGGCCUUUCCCUCUCAAUACACAGUUCCGGAACCUUCCUCUCUUGGCACCGCGAGUUUGUCGCCCUCUUCGAAUCUGCCCUCCAUGAGUGCAGCUACCCCUCCCACCUCGGGAUCCCAUACUGGGACUGGCCCCUCUACACAGACAGGCCACUCAUACAGUCCACCCUCUUCGACGGCUCCCCGACCUCUCUUGGUGGUAAUGGCCUGCCCCUCCCCGAGGCCCCGCCGAGCCUGGCCUUGCCAGGCGCCGCGCCACCUGCCGGCACCUGGGCCGGCGCAGGAGGAUGUAUAGCUAGCGGUCCAUUCGCAAACAUAAGCGUAUCCCUCGGCCCGCUGCCGGGGAAAUACAGCGAGACCGGGCUCCCAUCAAACUGGACACAGGCCAACCCGCACUGUCUAGCGCGGGAUCUGAACGACGUAGUCAUGCAGCAAUCCAACAACAAAGACAUCGUCGACAAAGUGUUCUCUGCGACAGGGAUCACGGAGUUCCAGGAGUUCAUAGCCACACCGCAUACAGGUGGCCAUAAUUCGGGGGGUGGCAAGCUAAGUGAUUUCUUUACGAGUCCCGCCGACCCAGUGUUUUAUUUGCAUCAUGCGCAGAUUGAUCGCGUUUGGGCGAUUUGGCAGGCGGGGGAGGAGGGAAGGAGGGAGUCGUUUAAUGGGACGAGUACGUUUAGAAAUCCCAUCGGCGUGACGCCUGAGGUGGAUGGAGACACUGUUAUGUCGUUUGGGGUUGUUGGAGGCAAUACUACUUUGCGAGAGGUGGCAGAUCCCAUGGCUGGGAAGUACUGUUAUGCUUAUGUAUAG